UUCUACAGCUACACCGCGUCAGUGUAAGUGCAGAGUUUUUCUUUCAUGGCGGCAUAACGAAAAACGAAGACGCUUGAUUGAAUCAGCACAUGGUCAUUCUCAUUCCGAUUUGAGAGUAUAAAGUAUUUUCCAGUUGUCAGAGAUACAUAUAAUAAGAGUAUAUAAUUAAACAAUGGAGAAAAAACAAGAGCCACGAUGGAUUAUGAAAGAGCAUGAAAAUUUUGAAGAAUAUACAUAUGAUACAUCAGACAAGUCAAUAACGUUGACAAAAAUUAUAAAGAACCUAAAGAUAAACAUAAUACAAGAACAAGAUAGAGAAAUAGAAUUUGAUAUAAUUGGCUGCCAUACUUCGUUAGCUAAUGCAUUUCGUAGGAUACUUUUGAGUGAAGUACCAAGCAUGGCUAUUGAAAAGGUUUAUGUCGUAAAUAAUACUAGCUUGCUCCAAGAUGAGGUACUUGCACAUAGAUUGGGCCUUAUACCUCUUCGCGCAGAUGCUAGAUUAUUCGAAUAUCCUCCGAACAAAGAAAGACCGGAUGAUGUAGUCAGUGAUCAAGAUACUCUGAGAUACGAAUUGAAGGUUACCUGUACUGCAAAUCCACAAGCGCCAAAAAACUCUCAUCUUCCAGAGGAUAUGUAUAAAAAUAGCAAAGUUUACAGUAAGGACAUUAAAUGGGUACCAAUAGGUAGGCAAGCAGAAAUGUUUCCAUGUGGAGCAGAACAGUUUGGUGUUCUAGAAAAUGACAUAUUAAUAUGUAAAAUGCGUCCUGGUCAUGAGAUUCAUGUAUUUAUGCAUGCAAUCAAAGGUGUCGGUAAAGAUCACGCAAAAUUUUCUCCCGUUGCCACUGCAUCAUAUCGCCUCUUGCCAGUUAUUCGACUAACCAAACCCGUGAGAGAUAAAGAUGCGGAUCUUCUGCAGAGUUGUUUCAGCCCUGGUGUGAUAGAAGUAAUAGAACAAGAAACAAACAUUGGUCAGAAGUACCGUGAGGCACGCGUUAAAAAUGCUCGCUACGACAGUUGUUCCAGAAACGUCUAUCGUUACGAUCAACUAAAGAAUUGUGUGGAACUAAGUCGGAUACAAGAUCAUUUUAUUUUUACCAUAGAAUCUGUAGGAACAUUAUCACCAGCCGUGUUAUUUAUGGAAGCCGUUAAAGUACUCAGGGAUAAGUGCAGAACAUUUCUCAAGGAACUAGAAACCGUAGAAAGAUAAUUUCAAACAAAAUAAUUUCUCGGUAAAGCAAAAAUCAUCAAAAUUUUAUUAGGCAAUUGGCCAUGUGUGAACAACAACAAUAAAAUCGUGCAGAUAAAGUGCCAAUUAAUAUAUAUUAAUUUAGAGAUUUAUUUUUAUUAAUUCAUUAAUAAAGUUACUUUAUUAAAUCUUUUAAA